CGGAAGGAGUCAAAGAACAAGAAGUUUCGGCGCUGUGGGGCUUUUUAAACAGCGUUCCGGGACUUCAGGCUGAAAAACGAGAGUAUUGGGCGGUAUGAGUUUUCUGCUGUCUGAAAACCCCAAAUACUUGCCAUGGUGUGGUUGUUGAGAGCAUGCUGCAGAGUAUCGCUGCCUCACAUAGUCACAUGCAGGAAUCAUCAUGUUUCAGCUAAAGGGAAACGUCGCUUGUUGUCUCGGCUAUACCAGCCUAGGAGUCUUUGGGAGGUAAAAUCCUCUGAAACGGAAUCCAAGCCCAAUGAGCCCACAAGUAAGAGCCAGAAGCUCAUGAUCAAGGCAGGUUUAAUCCGUCCCUCCAACCCUGGAUGUUUUCACUACCUACCAUACACUGUGCGUGCCAUGGAGAAGCUGAUCCGUUUGAUUGACAAAGAAAUGCAGGACAUUGGUGGACAGAAGAUUGACAUGCCAACCUUAGGCUCGGCUGCACUGUGGAGGCAGAGUGGACGGUGGGAUUUAAUGGGAAAAGAACUUUUCCGUUUGAAGGAUAGACAUAACCAGGAAUACUGCUUGGGUCCUACUCAUGAAGAGCUUGUCACACACCUUGUUGCUUCAGAGGGUGGCAUUAACAACAAAGAACUUCCUUUGCUUCUUUACCAGAUAACAAGAAAGUUUCGAGAUGAGCAAAGGCCGUGCUUUGGUUUGCUACGUGGCAGAGAGUUUUACAUGAAAGAUAUGUAUACCUUUGAUAUAUCAGAAGAAUCGGCAUAUGAAACAUAUAGAAAUGUGUGUGAUGCCUACUCAAACAUUUUUAGGGCACUGGGAGUUCAUUUUGUGAAAGUUCAAGCAGAUACAGGCAAUAUUGGUGGAAAAAUGUCCCAUGAAUUCCACUUGCCUGCAAAUAUUGGGGAGGACAGGUUACUGGUGUGUGGGAGCUGUGACUUCUCUGCCAAUGUAGAGCUAUUACUGCAUGAUGAAAAGAACUGUCCAGUGUGCACAGGGCAGUUAAAAGAGACUAAAGGCAUUGAGAUAGGACAUACUUUCUAUCUUGGCACUAAAUAUUCCCAUGUUUUUAAGGCUAAUUGCUAUGAUUCUCAGAAAACACCUUUUUUAGCAGAAAUGGGUUGUUAUGGGAUUGGUGUUUCAAGACUACUGGCAGCUUCCUUGGAAGUUCUCAGCAAUGAAGAUGAUAUUCAUUGGCCUGGACUUAUUGCUCCUUAUCAAGUUUGUCUGAUUUCCCCAAAGAAAGGAAGCAAAGAAAUAGAAGCCAUAUCUGUUGCAGAAACACUUUAUGAUGAUAUUAUACAGUCAGUUUGUGGGCUCAGAGAUGAGACUGUUUUGGAUGAUAGGAGUUAUCUGACUAUUGGUAAACGGGUUAAAGAAGCCCAUAUGAUGGGUUAUCCAUAUGUCAUUGUUAUUGGCAAGAAGGCUUUAGAGACCCCAUCUUUGUUUGAAGUAAGGAGUCAUAACACAGAUGAAGUGCACUUUUUGUCUAGAGAAGGUGUAAUUGACUUUUUACGGAGAGUAGAAGUAAUCUAAAUUAUUGCAACAAAUGUCACAUUUAUUGUUUUUUUAUUUAGGUACAAAUAAAGACAAUUCAUAUGACACUA